CUUAUCUUCUAAGGCUAUAUGAGAUAGAUAAAAUAAUAAAAACACUGAACUGCCUAAAUUCAUUUUGAAAACGCAAUCAUUUGUUGAAUGUAUUAAUGACUUUUGUAAGCUAAAGUCUACUGUAACCUUUCAUUAAGUAGUUUAGUGAUUAUGAAUAAUUAAUAAGAAAAUUGUCCUAGUUUAAUUAUUGAUUAUUAAUCUUGUUAUUUAUUAUCCAUUAUUUCAUAAAAAUUUUAAAUGUCUUGGUUUAAUUCAUUAAAAGUAUUUUUUACUCCUGAUAAUAACCCUAAUAAGGUUAUUGAAGUUAAAUCCGAAAAAUAUACCAAUCGUCACAUACUUUGUCGUCAUGAAGGAAUGAUUUUAUAUGCCCCAGAUAAUAAUAAUGGCAGUGAAAUUGUUUUACAUUUAUCUCGUACGGAAAGUUUAACAUCAUGUUAUAGUUUAUACAGAGGCACAAGUAAAGAAGAUGCAGAGAUACGAUUCUGUAUAUUCAAGGAUAAACUGAUCGAAAUAAUUAAUUUAACAAAAGAUGGUUAUAACUUAACUUUGAUACAGGGGUUAUGUGACACACUUAUUCUACAUCCAACAUGGAACAAUGCUCAUUUAGCAGUUCAUUUAACAUUAAUGGACACAUUUUCCAAACCAGAAGUAUCUAUGUUGAUAAAUAUUCCAGAUAUUGAUAGUGGUUUAUCUCCAUUACAAUUAGCAAUUCAGAAUAAUUCAUUGUCUGUAGUUAAAUUGUUAAUACAAUUAGAUGCUUCAUUGGAUCAUUUAGAUAAUGAAGCUAAUUCUAUUUAUCACUAUGCUGCCAAAUCUAGCAAAGAAAUUAUUCAGGUCUUUUCCUCUUUGAGUAGCAAGUGUCUAAAUUAUAGAAAUGUUAAUGGUUUUACUCCUCUUCAUUUAGCAUGUCAGGCAGAUAAACCAGAUUGUGUUAAAGCAUUAUUAGUCUGUGGGGCUGAUGUCAAUAUACCAGCUGGGGCUCCAACAUCUAAUAUGAAUGAAAACAAAUUACCUGGUAUAGUUAAAGAGUAUCUACAAGACAACCAUAAAAAAUUAUUUGUUGAGGAUAUGAAAUUUGGAGGAACACCUUUACAUUGGUCUAGUUCUCGUGAAGUAAUAGAUAGUUUGAUAGCGAAUAACUGUGAUUUAAAUGCUUUGAAUUUUGAUAAACGCACAGCUCUGCACAUUAUGGUUUUAAGAAAUAGAUUUGAUUGUGUUAUGGGUCUUUUGUGUCAUGGAGCUAAUGUAAAUAUACCUGAUGAUGAAGGCAAUACACCUCUUCAUUUAGCAGUUAAAAAUAAUUUAAUUUCCAUGAUUCAAGCUUUAAUUGUAUUCGAAGCUGAUUUAAAUUAUAUAAAUAAUAGUGGUUUAUCUGCAAGACAUAUUGCUGCUUCUAAUGACAAAGAUACAGUUUCAGAUAAAAUUUUAUACAUAUUGCAUGCUGUGGGGGCAAGUAGAUGUAUACAAAAUAGUAAUAUUUUAUGUAAGAAGGGUUGUGUGUGGAAUCAAAGUUACAAUGGUUUACCUCCACCAAAACCUAGUUCAAUGCAGACAAGGUGUAUUGUAACUGCCAUGGAAGAAAUAAUGAAAAAAAGUAUUGAUUAUAAUAAAAAUUACAAAGGUGGUCGAGUCUUGUGUCUUGAUGGAGGAGGCAUUAAAGGACUAAUUUUGAUAUCUGUUUUACUCCAUAUUGAAAAUGCUACUAAAGUUCCUAUUAUUCACUGUUUUGAUUGGUUAGCUGGUACAAGUACAGGUGGAAUCUUAGCUUUAGGACUCGCUUGUGGAAAAUCAUUGAAUGAAUGUUUAUGUUUAUAUUUUCGACUGAAACAACAGGUAUUCAAAGGUAGUAAACCGUAUUCUAGUGAAAUUUUGGAAAAUAUGUUGCAAGAAACACUUGGGCCUGAUACAUAUAUGAGUGAUAUAAAAUAUCCAAAAAUCCUAGUAACUGGUUUACUGGCUGAUAGAAAACCUGUUGACUUGCAUAUAUUCAGGAAUUAUACCUCACCUAGUGAUAUUCUUGGUCAUAGCAUUCCUUGUGAUUACCCAUCACCACCUCCACCACAUGAACAAUUAGCAUGGAAAGCAGCGAGAGCAAGUGGAGCAGCACCUUCAUAUUUUAGAAUGUUUGGUCGCUUUUUGGAUGGAGGAUUGAUCUCAAAUAACCCUACAUUAGAUGUUUUGACAGAAAUAGAAGAAUAUAAUUUAGCAUUGUAUCAAACCAAUAAAGCUCAUGAAAUGUGUGAUCCAACUGUAGUAGUCUCUGUAGGGACUGGCUGUAUACCAGUAUCUGAGAUUAAAAACUUAGAUGUAUUUAUGCCAAGCAGUGUGAGUGACAGUGUGCGUGUAAUGUUAGGAGUAUCAGCACUGGGAGCACUACUUAUUGAUCAAGCAACACAGGCUGAUGGUCGUGUUGUGGAUAGAGCUAGAGCAUGGUGUUAUAGAUCUAAAGCUGCAUUUUUUAGAUUCUGUCCACAAAUAUCUGAAGAUAUAGCCAUGGAUGAAAAAGAUGAUAUAAAAUUAGUCAACAUUUUAUGGGAAACUAAAGUUGAUAUGGUUAGAAAUAGUGAAAAAGUAAAUACACUAGCCAAAUUAUUGAAAUAGAGGAGUGUAUAUUGUUAAAGUGUUUGAUUGUCUUUGUUAUUCUUAUAAUCCAAUUAAUAGUAAUAAUCACUUAUAUAUAUUUUAAUUAUACACAAAUAUUUAUUUAUUGCUUUAUAUUUAGACA